AGUUCUAGUUCACUUUGUUGAUUGCGGCUGCUGCAGCCAGCUCGUGGCGUGUGGCAACGAAAUCGUGCUGGUCUAUUGACCUUUCCCUUAGCGCCGUGAUUACGGUAGUCGGAGCGUCUCCAGGACGCCCGCUUGCCGUCUACGCUCGCCGCCCGUCGGCCUGUCACAUCAAGCGCGGCACACACUUCCCGACUCGAAAAGCCGCUACAACAUGAGUCACCUCGUUGGAAGAUAAGCACUGUUACCCAGCAGCUGUCGCGCUGCGUAUGUUUGCAAGCGUUGUUCGUACACGCGUCGCACACUUUUGACUGGUUUUCAGUGCCAUAGGGGUAUCACAUGGCACGGCAAUACAGCCCUGCGUAGCAGUCAUGCUUACUCUUUGGCUCCAGUAGUCCAGGCAAGAGAAGCUUCGCACAACACGAACAUGGCUUGGGCUGACGCAGAGCCGUUGGACUUCACCUGCGAGUUCUGCAAGGUAAGCUUCGACAGGGAGAAAGAGUUUCGUGACCACUGUAACUCGCCCGAGCACCGCACGGUGCUUGUGUCCGAUGGCGGCCGCACGUGGAAGCACCGGCCACCGCCACGCGGCUUGCCAGCCGAUGGUCUCUCGAUUUGUCAGAGCCACCAUCUGUUUGGCCAGUGCCGGCUGGGAGGCCAGUGCUGCGCGGCCCAUAGUGAGGACGAACUGGCGGAAUGGCAGGAACGCCUCGAGUACCGUAGGGAGAGGCUCAAGAAGGCUCAGCAGAGGCACCUUGAGGGUUAUCAAGAGUAUGCCAAGGAUCUGCUGGAGCGGUACGCAGAGGCGAAGGACCCGACGGACAUGCAAAGGGUGAUGACGGAGAGCAUGAAGGGCCUGAGGCUAACAUGCAAGCAGCAGCUCAAGCGUACGGUCACCUCCAAGGAGACUGCGCUUGUCUGGGAGUUUGAGCUGCGCACCAUUACGCCGCUUCAGCGCCUGGUCCUGCUACACGACACCUAUCGAGGCCACUUUGAGCUGAGGCGGGUGGAGAAGUCUCCGUUCAAGUUUGUGCUUGCACCGGGCUGCCAGGAGUGGGUGAACAGCCUCCAGACACCCGCCAAUAAGAAUGUGCUCAUCUACUACAUUCAGGUUGGUUUCCAGUCGUCAAUGUACGCCACGUUUGUACAAACGCUGGCCUUUGACUUCGGCGGCUACCCCGUGCUGAUACAGAACUUCAGUGUCGACAUGGUGGCGCCGGACACGCUGAGCACGAUUGAGCGCAGCCGCCGCCUCAUCCUGACGGGUAUGGGACGCUGGAAUGCAGCCGCCAUUGAUCUGGUGCCCUUCACGGAACGCAGAAGUGCCAAGGCACAGAGCCUACUUGAGAUGUAUCCGGCUCCAGACAUGGAUACGUUCCAGCUGACACAGGCCGUCAUUGGCGAAGAGCUGACCCGGGAGAACUACCAGCCCCGGAUGCAUCAGCUCCUCUACGUUGAGGAGAUGGCACGCGCAGACAUCAUUGCCCAGUACAACAUCCGGGUAUUGCUCGACGUCACCGACAAUCUGCUGACGUCGUCGGCCAACGCGACCGAGGCAUACUAUGCCCAGGGUGGUGAGCUGUUCGCCUGCCUGCGCCUCGAUGCACACAUCACCGAGGAUACGGCUGCUGGCCGCCUGGUCCUGCAGAACUGCCAGCUUGUCUGGCUAGCCCCUGUUAGGACGGCCGACACUGAGGAGGGCAGGCCGGCCAAGCCGAGGGUGUAUGAGCUGCCCAUCCAGCUGGCCAAGAAGGACCGUGUCUACAUUCGGCUGACGAGGGAGUGCGUCAACGAGUUCAAGCUGAAACCUGACACCAGCAUCGAUGCAGAGGUUCAGUUCCUGCUCGAUCGGCUGCCGCUGUGCGAGAUGCAUUACGCCGUGGACAAGUUGCCCAUGGCCAGUCUCGUGUUUCCCGACUUCAGCAUCCAGCCUCCACAGUGCCCACCGGAAGAGUCUUUGAGCUGGGACUCGCGGCUCAACGAGCAGCAGCGCCGGGCGGUGGCGGCCAUCACGGCCCCUCGCACGGUUCCCAACGUGCCGCCCAUUCUGGUGGUGGGACCCUUCGGCACUGGCAAGACCUUCACGCUAGCGAAGGCUAUGCUCGAGGUCGUCAGACGGACGCCGGAGACGCGGGUGCUGGUCUGCACCCACUCCAACAGUGCGGCCGACCUGUACGUGUUGGAGCACCUGGAUAAGGAAGUGCAGAACCAUCCAGAACUGUGUCCACUCCGAAUUCUCUACGAGUACCGAAUGCCCAGCCGUGUAGACCGACGCCUCCUUCAGUACUGCCUUGAGGUGCCUCGGGAUCAGCAGUCCAAGCAGGGACCCUGGUUUCGACAGCCCACUGCCGAGGAGAUCGAGGCCCACCGCGUGGUGGUGACGACCCUGUCGUCAUCCCAGAUGCUCCUCGCUAGCAACAUUAAACGAGGUUUCUUCACGCACAUUUUCAUUGAUGAAGCGGCACAGGCGAUGGAGACGGAGUGCAUUCUGCCCCUCGCCCUGGCUGACAAGUACACCCGGAUAGUGCUUGCUGGCGAUUACAUGCAGCUGAACCCGGAGGUGUUCUCAGUGUUCACACGCGAGCGCCGUCUGCACGUGUCCCUGCUGGAACGACUGCACGACGCGUUCCAGCACGCCACCCGAGGCAGCGGGAACUCCCGGCACCCGUGCCAGGUUGUGCUUGAAGACAACUACCGUUCGCACGAGGCGCUGGUGCGUUUCACUUCGGAGAGCUUCUACGGGGGACGGCUGCGCGCCGUCGGAAGCCCUGGUCCACACCAUCUGCUCCAGGCCCUGAGUUUCUUCGUGGCGCGAGGCGAGGACACUCCCCAGAACGGCAGCACCUCUUACGUCAACCACAAGGAGGUGCUCGAGGUGUGUGACGUGGUCAAGCAGCUGGUGGAGCAGUGGCCCAUGACUUGGGGGCCCCGUGACCCGUCAACCGUGGCAGUUGUGACACCUUACUACGACCAGGUGCAGUGCAUUCGUAUGGAGCUACGGAACCACAAGUUGUCCCAGGUUCGAGUUGAGAGCGUUGCAAAUGUUCAAGGCAAAGAGUUCCGUGCCGUGAUUCUGAGCACGGUUCGUACUCGUGCCACCUGCCUGCAGCUGGAGCGGACGACGCCCUUCAAAACUGCGCUCAACUUCGGCUUCCUCUCGGACGCCAAGCUUCUCAAUACGGCCCUGACGAGGGCACAGUCGCUCGUCGUUGUCGUUGGGGACCCCAUCUCACUCUGUUCCAUCGGCGAUUGUCGGACUCUGUGGGAGAAGUUUGUCUUGACUUGUGCUCAGCACGGCAGCCUCUACCACAUGAGCUGGGAGGACAUCAAGUAUCAGCUGGAAGGCUUUGAGCUACAAAAAGAGUAUGGCCUGAACCCCCACGCCAAGUGUUUUUGGCCGAAACAUCCCUUUCUGCACAGAAAUUCAGUGGCUGAUCCACAGCCACCCGCACAGCCGGCAGCAGCACCAGGAUUCAAUGGGCCUCCGGGCUCGACAUAUCCGUUGAGGCACGUGCCGGCAUCCCAACCUAACUACUACUUGCCAGCGAUAGACCGUCGUCUAUUCAACGUGCAGCCUCCCAGAGCGCCAGCCAACUUUCCUCCACCCUUACUGCAGUAUAGCCAAGUCGGGCCCAGCUGGUGGCAGGUCCCGCCAUCAGUGCAACGCUCUCUGAACCAGCAGCAUGUCCCCAGGAUGUAUGGCCUGCAGCAGGUGCAGGCACAACCGCAGAGGCAGCAGCAGUACCAGCAAGGCUGGCAGCCGUACCCCCAGCAUACACCGGAACGUCCGGUGGCCCAAUACCAGCACUUCCCUCCUGCGCCACCUCGGUCGGCUGGUCAGCCACCGCACCACGGGCAGUCGGUAAAUUGGUUGCUGCCAUUUACUUCUCACAGACCGCCAGCGCACGUUCCGCAGCAGCAGCUGCCCCCUGAAGUUCCAUCUAGGCAGCCGCAAACAGAACCAAAGCUGUUUGCCCAGCCAAACGUGCAGCCGAAAGUAGUGCAUAUUCAAGCGAGUGGCUACGGACAGAACCACGUCCAAAUGGAACAGCCACACAAGCAGUUGUACAGACAGCCGCUCGGGUUUAACUCCGACCCGAGUCCCUCCGCAAGUGACGCCAGUCGAGCUCCUGGAGCCCCGGCUGCAGCGAGGGCUGCGGGUGACAGUCUAGAUGCAAGCUUCCGUAACAUGCUGCUUAACAACGACGACGACAACGAUGUUGGUUGGGAGUCUGUUGGAGCGAACAAGCCAGUUACAAAUGGAACUGUAUCCGAAACAAGGUUGCUACGGAAAAAGAAGGCGGUCGCACCCCGUUUCGCUGCACUGCAGCAUUCGGGUCGGUCGACCAGUCAACCUUCCAGCCAGCCGGAAAGGCCGUCGAAGGUGCCUCUGAACGGAGCGGUUGCGGGGGAAAGCUCUGCCAGCACCAGAACUGUUACGCAAGCUCCGCAGCUGUCGCAGCCGGCUUGGCCUGAGGUCCGCAAAUUCAACUCUGGCACCCAAAACGGUGCAGUGCAGGUCAAGCCCAAAGUGUUCAAAAAUUCCACGUGGUCCGGAGGACAGAAUCGUGUGGCACAAUCUCAGGAGCCAAAGCAGAAGGCGAGGCCGACGGUUGCUUACGUCGCUGCCGUGACUGAGCCCGUGACGUGGGAUAAUAGGACUUUCGACGAGGCGCGGCGCUCAACGGAGCGCGCCGCAUCUUCCUCACCUGCAGCCAUUAACAACAUUAAUUUUGGCCUGGAUCUGUACAAAGCCCUCACCAGUGACGAUGAGUCCGUCAAGGAUCGCCCCAAGGACGCUACGAAGCUGACUGAUGCCCUUAGGGUGGGGUUUGCGCAGGCUGGGUAUGCACAGGCCGCUGCCGAGCCGACGACAGCAGCGGAGCAGACGACAGCGGGGUCCAAGUUUGGUCCCAUUGGAAGCAGGCCACCCGACAAGCCGAAGUUGUCGUACAGUGACGCUUUGCGUAACGGCCACACGAAUGGCUUUGUUGCACAGAACGCCAAAAAACAUUGAAAAUGGAGCAGUGCUUGCACGUGUGCCCAAUAAACUGGGGUUGGCGGCUGUGCAGUUUUUGUGCGUCUGCUGGCCAGACGUGGAAGAUAGCAUGCUGGGUUAUUUUUCACGACCAGGAAGUCCUCGCAAUUCUGUGGAACAUCGUAAAUGUGAAUAAUAUUUUAAUUUUUCUCGAGCGGUGUGCAAGAAUACUCCGAUGCGUGCAUUCUUUUUUUUUUUUCUUGAGACACCAGCAGCCCUUGUUUUUAAGUAAAUUUGAGGUGCUGCUGUAUAAACCAGUUUCCUUGGGCAGUGCCACUUUGCACGUGGAUGCUAAAAGCGUCCACGUCAUGUGUUUUAUUUUAAAGUAUUGCGUAGUACAAGUUCCUUCCUCACUCUUCAUGCAGUGGCACUGCUUGAAUGUACUUUCGAUUGUUUUGCGAAAGACUAUUUCACUGGUUCGUUUUUCUCGAUUGUGUGUCCCCGUGUGCCAAGCGUGACCAUUGAUGCGCGCCAGCUCGGGGCACAAAUGUCCAAUCUUCGAAGGAAUUCAUCAUUAGCGGAACAGAGCACCUGGUUGCCAUACUCAUCUGUGGGUGUGUGCAUCGCACCAAUGCGCUCAUGGCCUCGCGAUCACACGCAAAAGAAUCUGGCAGAGAUGGCAGAGCUGGGUGGCUUUAUCUCGUCCAUCCUCGGAAUGCCGACGACUUGCCGUUGCUGAUCUCUCACAGCAUUUCUGUCUUUCUAAUGUUAAAGUUUUAGUGCCGCUUACGGUGUUUUUCCUCUUUUUAGUUCAUCUCGUGCUCUACCUUAGCUGCAGCGCUUCGAGGAAAAAAAGAGUGUCUGCAGUUGUCCGUAAAUUGCAGUUCAUGAGAACUUUUGCAAUGGCCAAUAGUGCUUCGUGAUCUGUGAUAGGCGAGGCGUAAACAGCUCUGCACAUUUGCUUUGCUCUUCUAGAGUUUCGUUUUAAGCCGUCAGCUGUACCAUGAGGUUGGAGGUGCUCGGCUUGAAAUGCGUGCACAUUUUAAAUUCCUACUAUUGUCGUUGCGGCGUAGACAAGCAGACCAUACCGAGCUCGCGUUACUCCAGUUUAUUUCCUGGACUUGAUAAUAAAAAGAGUGUGAUUGAGAUAAUUGCUGGGGAUGCCAGUGCCCUUAUUAAUGUUCACUCUUGCUUGUUUUACCUUAAACGUAUUGUUGAGCGGCAAUUUUUUUUUUGCCUUUGGUUCUCCUCCUUUUAACUUCAAGGUCCAUUCUAGGGGUCAUUGCCCCGAUAGUAGAGCUGACCAUCCCAUCUUGAAUUGCGCGCAUUACACAAGACUACCAACAAUGUCCUCAGCGAAGGUUUAUAGAGCCAUCCAGAAGCAUUUUCUGUGUGUGAUUGUUUUUCUAUUGUGAUUUGUGUGGAACCUCCCGAAGAACAUUGGACGAUAGUCAACAUGGCCUUGUUGAUCCUUUGUCUGUUUCAACGUUCCAAGACGAGUGGUGGCGAUCACCUUGUCUUGGAGCUGCCUAAAUCUCAAAUCUGAUACACCAUUGUGUCCUCUCGCACUGCAUUGUUUGGUGGUACUCUAGAAACAUCUUGUGUUGUGUCAAGCGUAGUGUGACGUGGGGUUUAAGUUACCGGGAUUUUAGCGGUUCGCUCGAAGCUGUUGUUGGAUGUAGAGGUACUGUCGAUGUUUUCGAGACGUCUUUGGAUCGUUUAAUUUGACUACGUCCGGGUUAAUGUGAAAAGCUGGUUUAAUUUUUCGUUACUUGCCGACGCAAGUUGCGUCAUAAUUGGUGGCAAGGUAGAGACGUGUUGUGUGUCCCCACUUAAGAUGUCACCUUUACAACAUCCGUCACUGUAUUCGUCGGAAGGCCUGGCAGUUUGUGUUUUUCUCUUAAAUGACGUGACCCUUUCCCUUCCCUCUAUAUUUUUGAUGCGCACUUGUGAAUGUUAUUUUGAAUCUGAGAUUUGCAUGUGCACAUCGUGUGACCUGCACAUUGGGACACCUAAUUGAGGUUUUUGACAUUGUGUGGCCACCCACACGAGGUGGCCGAGUGUGCUUCUUCUGGAAUUGAUGCCUAGUGGGAACAUUUCGACAUCAUUGUUGAUGACUUGCUUGUGACUGUUGCGAAACGAAUCAUUUCUUUUCCGUCUGCUUGAUCGAGAGAGUACAACUUGCGAGAUUUGGACGUGUCCGUAACCUUCUUGGUGCGCAGAGGUUCAUCCGCAACAAAGUACAAUUUUGUCGCAAAAUGUCUGCAUAUCCAGGAGGGUACUAUUUUUUUAAUCGCUAGUCCAGCUACUUUUGUGAUUCUGCCACUUCUUUAGAAGGAAUUGAACGGUCUUGCUGCUGUUGAUUAUGAACUGAAAUGCAUCAUGCCUUUCAAAGACAUGUCAUUGUUUUCUUUUUUUUUUUUGUCUUGGCCGGCAAAAUUGCAUUUCGCUAGGCUUUGCUGAGUUGAUGACAAGAAGAACAUGCGGUCGUUAACGAUGCUGAUACAGCAACUUCCUCUCUAAGGCUUUUGACGGUCAUAGCGUUUACAUGGUCAUUAAAAAUGCUUGUUUGAUUAGAGUGGAAGUGUAGUGGUUGUGUAAUGUCUGCAUUGCAAGAAAAGGAAAAAGUAGUGGAUUCAAAGCUGCCUUUUGAACUGCUACCAGCCAUUGUGAAACUUGAAUCGCAAAUUAGUUUUUGAUUUUCUCUCAGAAGAGCUCCAAGAUACAAGCACAUUCAAAGCGGGCUAGGUGCAGACUAAAUAUUACCACGUCUUGUGCAAAAUGUAAUAUAAUGGGAGCAGAGGACUCUGAAAACAAAAGGAAUGGCACAUUUCAUAGCCAUGUUUGCAAAAUUAAAAAAAAAAACUGUUUUGUAGUAAUGUCUAAUGUACAAGCCACGUGCUGCAGUGUGACUACAUGGGCAUGCUACGUAUGUACAAGCAAUAGAAUCGUCAUGUUGUUCUGGGCAUUGUCUCCCCUUGUGCCGUGCUAAGGGCCUACUGACAGGGUUGUGAUGCAUGGCUAGUAGAAGAGCAGUUGCAAAACUGUGGUUAAAAUGUGUAUGUAUAUGUACUGCAUAUCUUUGCAGCAAAUCGCUCGACGGCCCAUUUUUUGGUGGAGGGCAUCGGUGAAGUGGAUCAGCAGAUUGACAGGGUAGAGUCUAUCGGUACCUCAGCAGCUAGGGGUCACAUGACCUGAGCAGAAGUCACAUAUGAAGUCAUUAAGAAAGUGGCACGUUGCUAUCAGCCCUGUCUGUGUCAGUAGCGACUCUGGCAAAAUAGUAAGAUCCACGAAGUGGCACGGCAUAGGUAACUGGCCCCACAAUGGCAUGGGCCAACCACUGACCCUGGAAAAGUAGCGAUACUUGUGCAACGGCCAGGCAGAACCUUGCCUUUCGUUCAAAUUGCACGGUGGUGGUGCGACGUCAUAUGUGGCAUUUCUGCCCAUGUCACGUGACUUCAAACUGUUGCAAGUGCAAUUAGACUCUCCCGAUUAAUACAGGCCGAUACGAUUUGUUCAUUUCAUUUCUGCAAGAGUGUGCUGUAAUGGUCUGGUUGUCACAUUAUUAGAACAGAAUCGAACAGCGCUUCCAACAGGACAAAGUGAAAACGAUGGACAUGAUGCUAACUACUGCUGUACGUUGCAAUUUAGCUGAAAUAUGUAGGAAGCAGGUUCUACACAGAUGACAGCACAUGCAAAUUGCUUCGCUUAGCUUGCGUUGCUCUUUAUUAUGCACUUUUCGCUAAUUGGCUGACAGUUUUUCGGUUUUUUUUUAACGAUGACUGAGAAUUGAGCCCUUGAGCAUGAGUUUGCCUCCUUAACUGUGUAAUGCCCAAACAGAGAGUUUCACAUCAACAACAUCUGAAACAUCCUGUUCACAUUACGCUAUCGCGUUCCACUCUUAUUCGAAGUUUACACAUCCUUCAAGCUUUUUUUUUUAGUCUUAUUUGCACAUGAAAAAAACACCAAAAUGCGAGUUGUAACUUUAAUAUUACAAUUGCACACUAAUUGGUUUGCUGAGCUAUCUACAAAUGAAACCUCUCUCCAGCUUGUCAAAAGGGCGACUUCACAGGCUGUACUUGCGUUUCAAAUGUAUAAACCUGAAUUAGUAGGUAUUGCAACAACACAGCACAUAUGAUACAUUGUUACACGGUUGAAUUGUCAUUUAUACAUCACCCUAUAUAAUAUGCUUUCAAACACGCUCCAACUAGGCAAGAACUGGUUGUCCUCAUACAUCACUCUGUUUGGCCAAUCUAACAGGGCCUGCAUGUAAACCAUACUGAGGGCAUGCGACUACUUUUGUUUCUUUAAAGCAGUGUUUGUUAGUCAGCACCAUGUCUGUUCUCGCUUCGUCCUGUAUGAAGCACUGUUCGAUACUGUUCAUGUAAGGAGCAAUAGAGGGAUUGGCGUCAAGUGGUAAGCCGAGGCAGUCUGCCACUAUUCUGCAAGAUAGCGGUGGAUGGGUGACAACAGUGGCAAUGGCGUAAUGGUUGUAGGGUAUGGGAUUGGGUAUGAUUCUGUUCAUUUAAUAAAUCAAAGAGUGGCCGGCCUCAAGUGAAUUUUGCUGUUUUGUCACUCUGCUUGUAGUGGUUCACGGUGACAGUGGUGGCUGUGGUGACUAUAGCUCGAUAGCUGUGAAAGAUUGGACCGAAUGUGAAGCCGAGGCAUUUUUGUGAUACGGAAUCGUUCGCCACGUGGGUGGGCCUUUUGCCGUUGUCGGCGCUAAAUUAAUCUUUUUUUUUAAAGUGCACUGCAGUUCUUUGUGUGCAUUUCUUUUUUUCUCAGUUCUACAUGCGCUGAUGUUCUCUGUAAGAGGUGAUAUUUGAACCAUACUGUCCCCUUUUGCUGCACACAACUCGACGAGUGUUCGGUUCAGUUCU